UAAUUCAAAGUUGAAAUCGCGGUCAUUUCGGAUGUGUUUCCCUUCAUUUUUCCCCGCUUAAGCAAAAUCAAGUGAUUUCGAGUCUGUGCUGUUGAUCGGAGUUUGGUUGAAUGCGCACUUCCCUCUCCCGUUGAUGCUUCUUCUACUUCCCUCUCACAUCCACCACUUCUCCACAUAACAAGGUAUAGCUGCAUUGUACUCAUAGCACUUCUGAGCGGGAGACAUCGGAUGAGGAUGAUUCAAGAAAUUGUUUGAUCUUGUUUAAACUGGCGUCGUGAAUUUUGCUGUUAAUCCCUCUCCUCGAAGUAAAUUAUGGGGAGUGGAGAUAAUUUCAGCGAUGGGAUUGUAGAAACCCGUACUGCUCUUGCUGAUUGCACGAAUCGGCCCCACAAGAGGGCGUUUUCAUUAAUUUCGGGUGAUUCGGCUCCUAAAUCUGGACAUGGGCAUCGCAAGAUCGAUAACAUUGGUGGGGAUUUCCAUUUUGCAAAGAAGGUUUGUUUCGAAGGCGGACACGCUGCCGGCGCUCCACAAGGAUUGGCAACUCAUGCCCCGGAAAAUGACGAAAGGGACCGAAGUCUUCACAAACUGGCAUCCUCCAAAUGCGGGGCAACAGUCUCUGGUUCACUGGAUUCCAAAUUUCCUGGGCUGGAAAGAUGUGUAGGACUUAAGGGCGAUGGCGGUGAAAAUUCAACUGAGGACGGGGAUCCUCUCAAAGCUUGCUCUUGUUUUGUGUGCUCCACUGCUGCUUAUAUGUGGUCGGACCUCCAUUACCAGGACAUCAAAGGUAGACUAAGCGCUCUGAAGAAAAGUCAGAAAGAAGCAGCAAAGCUGGUUCAGAAAAUUUCUGGAGCAAAAGACAAUGCUGUGCGUGGCCAACGGACUUCUGCGGAGUCUUUCAAACUGGAAUUGGACCUAAUUGAUCAGUGGAGCUCACUGUUUGUUCAUAUGGAGAAGAACCUGGCUCACGAAAGUAGCCAGCUUGAAUCAAGUUUCGAACAACUUAAAGAUCUGAGGGAGAGCUUCAAGAAUGAUCAAGUUGACAAGGGGCGCUCUCACGGUCAUUAAUGGUCAAAUGUUUCUUAUGAAUGUAAGGUUGACAUCUAUAUCCAUGUUAAUCUGUAUCCGUUCACCUGUGUUGAUGGGUACUUAUAACGGACAUGGUAUCUGUAGAGUACUUGAAAAUCAUACGGAGAAACGAGCCUUUUCCUUCGCCUCACAUGAAGAGAAUCUGCUUCCUCUGGGAGUAGUGGCAUGUGUCUAAAGCCUUCGGGUCUGGAGGAUGACUUGUUAGUCUGCUUGCCCUUAGAUAUUAAAUACCCUAGCAUGGUUCAAUUUUGUUUCUGCAGGUCUUUAGAAGGCUGUUUGGUGGUAGUUAUGAAAGCAGUACAAGUUGAGCUUGUAUAUUGUAUUGUUUAUAGUAGGAA